AUGUUAAAAUCCCUGUUUAAAUCGACAGCAAUCAUAAAUCAUAAAUCAAACAAAACUCUCUUAAAUAAUAAGCAAUUUUUGAGAUAUCACGUAGUUCGUUCAGGAAAAUUCCCCAAGCGACCUUCACAAUAUUUCGCCGCCUUUUCUUCCUCAUUGUCUGUUCAAACAAAUUCACAAUUGGUAUGCAUAAGGAUUACUGGUCAACCUUUGUCUAGAGAUAAAUCAAAGCAUUAUUCAUGUUUCCCGUCUCGUAUCGUCCGUUACCAUGCUAUGCCGCACGCAUCAUUGCUUUUAAAAGAAAAAGAAGCUAUGAAGGCGACACAACCAUAA